GUGAACCGUCCAGUGACAUCACCCGGCUCGGCUCGGCUGACAGCUCGGUGACCGAUGACGGAGAUUUGGGGAUGCUGUCAGAUCAAGAGAGGACAAUGAUACGAUCAUGAUCAGCCCCGAUGGCUUCUCAAAAUGCGAGGCGACUCUGCAAGAGACAGACAGCAACAGGAGGAGGAGGAGGAGGCCACCCGCAGAGAUGCUCCAUCUGCUGUCAGCUGUCAUUGUUUGGCUGGUGACCGGCACCACCAUCUCCAGCCUCAACAAAUGGAUAUUUGCCGUUUACAACUUCAGGUACCCUCUGCUGCUGUCAGCGCUGCACAUGCUGACAGCCAUAGUGGUGGAUUAUGGGCUGAUCAAGCUGCAGGUGAUCCGCCACAGAGGAGCUGGCGAGCAGGACCUGACCCCCAGUGCAAAAUGUAAGGUGUUCCUGUUGAGCCUGACAUUUUGUGCCAGUAUCGCCUUUGGAAACAUGGGUCUGAACUAUGUCCAGUUGUCGUUUGCACAAAUGAUCUACACUACUACCCCGCUUUUUACUCUGGCCAUCUCUACGCUAAUCCUGGGCAAGCAGCAUCACAUCAUCAAAUACACAGCCAUGAUGCCCAUCUGCCUGGGUGCGUCCUUCAGCAUUAUGGGAGAGGUCCAGUUCGAUCAGACUGGCUGCUUCUUUGUGUUCGCAGCGACCAUGCUGAGAGGGGUCAAGUCCAUUCAGCAGAGUAUUUUACUUCAGGAGGAAAAGAUCAACUCCGUGUUCCUGCUCUACCUGAUGUCCAUUCCCAGCUUCUGCAUCUUGGCCAUAGCUGCUCUCGCCUUGGAAAACUGGGCCAUGCUUGAGUCGCCGCUGCAUUACGACCGCCACCUGUGGGUCUUCAUCUUGCUCAGCUGCCUGGGCUCGGUCAUGUACAACUUGGCCAGCUGCUGCGUCAUCACGCUCACCUCGGCCGUCACUCUGCAUAUCCUCGGCAACCUGAGCGUGGUGGGAAACCUGCUGUUGUCUCAGCUGCUCUUUGGCAGCGAGCUGUCCGCCCUGAGCUGCGCCGGCGCAGUGCUCACAUUGUCUGGCAUGCUCAUCUAUCAGAACUCAGAAUUUAUAGUCAGCUACAUGGAUGCACGCAGGGCCAAAGCUAAAGGCUCUGUACAGGUGAAUUUUCACAAUGUAAGCGGAGAAGCCUCGGUUAAAGCUGGUGCAUCUGAUAAAACAUAUCAUCCUCACCAUCAGAGCACAGACAGAACACAAGAAGACAAAAUGGACUGAAAAGAAAACAGGAAAUGGGCUCUAAUGUGUGACUUUAUACAGUUAAAUUGCCACUUACAGAAUGACAAAAAUGAUCUUUUUUUUUUUUAUUAUUAUUUUUUUAACUUCCUCACUGUGCCACUUUAUUUAUCUCCUGUUCACACAGAAUUGGAGUCUGCAGAGAGGAAAUGUUGCCUUUCUGCUUUUUUUUUUUUUUUUUUUUUCCCCCCCAUGGUGAAGGUUAAAUUUUCUCCCCUAUCUGUGUCAUAUAUAGCCUAUAGCGGUAUAUGCAUGCACGAGCACACUAAACUGUUUGAUACCUCAUCAGGUUUUCACACUGUCACUCUUACUACUCCACUGUGAAAAUGUUCUCGUAUCCUGAGUGCUCUGAUCGAUGUUUUGGGUGGCUGUUGUGGAUACUAUCCACUGCAGCGACCCUCAUAGAUGGCAGGGGGCGAGGCAGGGCCUCAGGCCUGAGUGGGCACAAUUUGUAAUAAAAAGAUAUAUUUAUAGUACUGUUACCUGAUACUGGGACUGGGUGUUUUUGGCAGCUUUUUUAUGGGAAAGUGGUAAGCUUGUUAAAUAAAGGCGCUGCUGCUGUUGGUGUUGGGAAGUUAUGAUUAUGGACAUAGCUGACACUUUUGUGCAUUGCCACACCCCAUUUCCUCUACUGAAGCACAUUUUUAAUAAGAGGCUGUGUUUGUCCUCCUAUAUGAACUUCAGUGUGGCUUUCCUCUUCAGGCCUAGAUUUUGUUCUCGCACCAACCUGGAAAGGCAGUCUCUGUAGAGUCGGUACAAUUAUUUCCAUCUUUUACAAAGGCACACUCGAUAAUUAGGUUCACGAGGUCUCUAAGGAGUGUCACUCAACCUUAGCUGGCUUUUCCCUCUGGAACACAUGAGGAAAAAGAAGACUGAGAUGUCCUUUAAGGUCACUUCUUAAGUCCUAACCUUUGUGUUAUUUUUAAACCAGCACAUCUUGAAAACUGACUUCUGCUGGACAGCGUUCUGUUUCCACUCUCAGUAUUAAAAAAAAAAGCAGAUUAAUUACAUAUUUUAUCCCCCUUCUGAUAUUUAUGUGAAGGAAAAUAUUUAUUUUCUAGGGCCUUAGUAAUAAUCACAGGCAUUUAAUGCUGUGGAAUUGGGUCCUCAAGUGUCUUUAAACUGUACACGUGUAAAAUUUGAGUGUGCUAGUCAAGGCAGAAGUUUGCAUGCUAUCGCACCAGAAAGCAUCCAAAAUACCCUCCGAUGUCUGUUAUACUCCCUCCUACAUGCACGGUAUGCCAAAUGUUUACUUUAAAGCUUCUUUUUGUUUUUGUCUUUUCAAAGUGGUUUUGUCAGUGACCAGAUGUGAUCAGUGCUCACGUGUGUGCUCUCAAAAGAUGAAAACAAAGCCCUGCAUAAAAAGGCUUAAUAUAACACACUGGGUUUUUUUUUUUUCCAGCAUAUUUUACCAUGGUAAUUACAGCAGGCAAGGCUGUAUGCUGAAUAAGAUGAAUAACAUUUCAAGGGUGCCGUUCGUAAAAUGACAUAAUAUGUGUAAGAUGCUUUUUAUAAUUCCACGGUCACCAGAAAAUGGUGCAUUUCUUUUUUCUUUUUCUUUUUUUGCAGUUUAUGGUUUUAUAUUUCUUAAUAGCACCACUCACACAUUUAAAGGUGAUGCACGACAGAUAAUUUCACUGGGUUUAUGCUACUGUACUGAAUACCUCAACUCUUAAACAGGACUUAACGCCCUUGUGUUCGCUGACUAUUAACUAUAGGAAUGAGAUCAAGGAAACCACAGCAAGAGAAAUCACAGAUGAGCAGUUUAAACUGAAAUAGUACAUAUUGACAUUUUGACCUUUAAUAAUCAGAAAACUGCAGUUAGUUUUCAGUUUCAUAAUCUAAUCCCGUGGUCUCGUCUCAUUUUGGCGACUUGUUCUCAUCGUGUUUGAGUAGAUUGAGUCUGGAGGAAAAAAAAAAAAUUGUUGCACUGACAUGCUACAAGGAAGUGGCCUUCAAAGCCUACAGUUCCUGUGUGCAUACUGGUUUUGAUUGUUUGCAAAGAUAGUUGGAUGUAAAUAGUUAUUUUUAUUUUGUUAUGCAUUUUAUAGUUAUAUGACUGGUUGAAACUAUAUUGAUUCAAGAAUGAAAUGUCUGCCUCAUGCCUUAUUUGGACACACUGUAGAUGAUAACGCAGGGGUUUGAUGAAAUGCUGUAGGUGCUUUUCUUGUUUACGGGCAAAUAAAGAGAUGAUUCAUGUACACAUUACCUGCAAAUGUCUGAAAAAAACAAUUGGGUUGGUACAAUUAAAUAACAAA